AUGGAUGAAUCAACAAACGACAGUGUAAUUACAAAAACCAAUGUCAAUGAUUUCGGCGAUGUAAAUAACUUAACAAAGUAUACACCUGACGGAAAAUCAUCACAAUGUGGUAACUCAAGAAAUGUGUGUAACUCCAGUGAUGAUGAUGAAGCUCCGACGGAGAGAAUCAAGAAGCGCCUACAUAAUUUAUCUGAUAGUGAGACUGAAAAAGAAAACUUGCAUAAUGAGUCUCCCCUAACUAAAAGCGAUAGUGAGUCCGAUACAAAUGCCUCCCAUGUUCAAUCCAAAAAUGUAUCGCUUAAAUCUAGAAUUGUUAUGAAUGGAAGUAGUUCGGAAGACGAAACUCCUGCUAGCGUUUCAACUUUGAAAAAUGUGGAGCAACAAAUAAGAAUGAAAAACAAGAGAAGUAAAUUAAAACAAAAGUUUGAAGGCCUCCUCAGUUCACGAUCUAAAAAUGUAGAUCCUCAAAAUUUGAGUGAUAAACAAACUUCAGAAGAUGAAAGAAGCGAGCAAUCAGGUGAACCUUCUGACAGCGAAAUGUCUUCUAUUGCAUGUAUUAAACAGAAAAUUAAGAAGAGCAUGGCAGUAUCAUCUAUUUGUGACCCUGAUACAUCAGACGAAGAAAGUGACAGGAAGAAAAAAACUGGUUUGGAGAAAGGCAAGAAGAAAGUACAGAAAUCAACAAAAAUGAUUGAUGCCAAACCAAUGAGGAUGUCUGCUAAACAAGCCAUGGAAAAUAGGCAGUUGAUAAAGAGUGAGUCUAACCGCAUGUUGAGAGAGAAAGCAGUUUCACUUCCAUACCACAGACCAAAAGCUUUGACCCUAAAGGAAAUAAUGUCAAGAAGAAAGCCAGCUGUAACUUCUGAUGGAAAAGUGUUACCUAUCAAAAUGAAUGAGGAACAAUUGAAACAAUAUGCUUUGCAAUUAGAACAACGACAAAAAGAGAUGAUGGAAUUAUGUAAAAGUGAAUCAGAAGAUGAAACUGCUAAAGCAGAAUCUGAUGAAGAGCUUGCAACUCAUGCACCAAGUGAUUCAGACAAAAAAGAGAUUGAAACUAAUGCUAGUAUUUUGGAGCCCAAUACUGAAGAAACAGCUGCAAAUAUAAAUGAAGCAAUAACUUGUACUGAAACUGCUAAAGAAAUACCAACAAACAUUAAUAGGCCUGAUACAUCAUGUAAUGAUGAUGAACAAAAUAAUGAGGUAAAUGAAUUAAUAAAUGGAGAAACCUCAACAGAGAAUAUUGAUUUAGUUACUAAUGAUCAUUCUGCUGAAGAAAAAAAUACAGAUUUAGAUAGCACUGAAAAUAUUUGUUACACAGCUGAAGUAAAAAACACAGACACGGAACUUGGUAAGCUUGAUAAAAAAGAACAACAGGAACAAAUAUCUAGAGUGUGUUCAGAACAAGAUAGUCAACUGAUAUCAUUACAUUAUACAGAACAGGACUCCGAGAAUUUUAAAGAAACAAAUGUUUUAAUUGAUAAAACAGAUAAAUUAGUUAUUUCAAAACCAGUAGAAAAUUGUAAAAAUGAUGAACAAAAUGAUUUCUCAGAUGAUGAUAUAAAUAUGGAAGACAUUGAUAAAAUUAUUGAAAAUGCUGAAAUUAUGAAAGAUGACUACGGAAAUACCGAAGCUUUAAUGCUUGUUCGUGACCAUUUAACAAUAAAGCCUAAACUGGCAGGAGCACCUGGAAUGGUUAUAGAUUUAGAUGGUACAAAUUCAAAGCCAAAGCUAUCUGGUGUUGAACUUUUAAAGGAAAGAUUUAUUUAUUUUUCGAAACUAAAAACGACAGAAGAACUGGAACGAGAGAAGGAGAAAAUGGUAAAACCAGGGUCUCUACACUUGAAAUUAAAACAUGAACUUGAAGACAAAAUCGCAGAAAAGCGGUCCUUAGAAUGGGCAAAACGACUAGAAGAAGAAAAGAAACUUCAUGAAGAAAUGGACGAUAUUCUAUAUGAUGGUGAAGAAGCUGAUGAUAGUAUUGAAAAAAUUAAGACUAAGAUGCAUCAAAAAGACGAUAAGGAAGAAAAUCUUUCAGACUAUGAAACAGAAGAAGAAUUAAUCGAAAAUGACAUUGAAGUUAAAGAUAAACCCAUUAAUCCUAAUCCUAUGCUUGAUAACGAAGCUGAAGAAUCAGACGUCGAAGAAAAUGAUGAAGAAACAGAACCAAAAGAGACUGAACUCGAUGAAGAUAUUUUAGAAGAUGAUAACAGUGAAGGUUCGAGUGAAGAUGAGGAAUCAUCAGAGUCUGAAGAAGAUGAAAACACAUCCAAACAUAAAAAGGGAAGAAUUUUGAAAGCCUUUGAAGAUUCAGAUGAUGAAGAAGAUACCACAAAAUUGGUUGAAGGAGAACCAGCAGCCAAAGACACAAUUCAAAAUGAACUUGUAUCUAUUCAGAAAAACAGCAAUGACACGGAUGAUGCUGAGGUUAUAGCAAAUUCUUGUGAUAUUCAAAGCUCGUCACAGGAUGACGUCAUCCAGUUAGCACAAAGACACAAAUCAGUAUCGGAGGACUUAUUUGCUAGUCAAGAAAGUGCCACACUUAAAGGUACAAGUGAUGACUUGCUGGGUACUCAGUCAUUCUCUAUAUCCAGUGCUAAGCCAAGCAACUUUUUAUUUCCAUCACAGCCAUAUCAUGAUCCUAUUGUAAAUGAAGUAACUAAUACUUUUUCACAAAGCAUACCUGGGUCACAACUGCUCAACACCCAGUCUUCACAAUCACAGCCCAUUGGUGAAGAUGUUCUAGCUUUGUGUACUGGAAAGUUUUAUGAUAAUGAAUUCGUGUCUAUGAGUGAUGAAAGACCUAUGGAUUCAAUAUCUCAGGAUAAACAUGUAGAUGACAAUGUCAUUGACAGAAGUCAAGAAUCUGAUAUAAGUGGGGACAAUAUUAGAUCAAACACAGAAGAAAAAUCAAAUGUUUCAGAUGAAAGUAAACAAGAUCACAUUAAUGAAACUACGAAAGCGAAUAGCAAAAAAACGAAUGAAGAUCAAAAUCUGUUGAAAUCUAUAAUUGAUGAGCUGGAUGAUCCAGAAUUUGUCCAACCAAAGCAAAAUAAAUUCUUCACUGGAGGCUGUCAGACUAAAAGCGAUGUUAAUGAAACUAGUCAUAUGAAAAAGAGAUUGAUCAUUGACUCUGAUGAUGAAGCUAAUGAAAUAAAUAUAGAAUCGAAUGUGUCAAAAAAGAAAAAACUAAAAAAGAAGAAAUUAGAACAAAGGGCUUUGCAAAUCUCAGAUGAUGAGGAUGACGAUGAAGAGGGAUUAGGAUUGGAAGAUGUAGAUAGUGUGUCAGGAAUUGAAGAUGAUGAAGAGAGAUUCGUUGAUUAUGACUCUGAGGAGAAUGAGAUUGAAGUAAAGCCAGAAAAACUUAGGAAAAACCGUAAAGCCAAUGAUUUUUUCGAGCAAGAGGCCGAACUCACAAGUGAAGAUGAGUGGGUUGGGUCUGGAGAUGAAGAUGAACAUGGACUUGACAGGAUGGAGCGCGAGGAGGGAGAUGAUGAAGUUUUCAACCAGGGCAAGCUCCGGAAAGAGUUGGGACAGAUACACAUGCGCGAUGUACUGGAUCAAGAUAAACGUGAAGUGAGAUUGUUGCAAGAAUUACUGUUUGAGGAUGGCGAUUUGGGCGGAGGGCAUCGACAACGUAAAUUCAGAUGGAAAAAUGAAGGCGAUGAAGAGUCUGGUACCAUUCCUGAUGAUUUCACCGAUACGCAGGAGGAGGAGUUUGAGUCGGAGGAACAGUGGCGAAAACAAAGACAUGAGCGAGAAGUAUUCCUGAGGCAAAUGCAAAAACAAGAUGAAGAAGAGGGGAGCCCAAAUGUGACUGUUAAUAGAACUACAAUCAUCAAAGCCAAUCUUAUCUCUAAGAGUAUGUCAACAUUGUUGAUGGAAGUCAAUCAAUCCAAGACAGAAACUGUCGACAGUCCCAUCGUGACAGAGAAAAAAACUGUCAAAGAUGUCCCCAGCCCUAAGAAAUCAUUCUCCAUUUUACAGCAAAAGUACCACAGCUCGGUGCUCAACCGCGGCAGCGGUGCGCUGGCGCGGCUGGCGGCGCUGGCCACUCCUCUAGCUGCCGCCGAUGACGAUGUCCCUAAAACUUCUUCGUUAGCUUCACGUAAAAGAAACUUUGUUUUUGCAGCGCUCACACCUGACGAGGAUAAACCCAAGGUGACCAUAAAACGUAAAGCCGAUGUCAAUACGGGCACCCCGAAAUUAGUAAAGAAAAUAAGACUAGAAGAGAAGCAGGGUAUUCUUAAAAAUAGUUUAUUAGAUCAUUUAAAUACGUGA